AAAAAUUAGAGAUAUAUUAAGGUGUAACAAGGGAUUUGAAUGAAUUGCAACGCAAAAAGAUGAAAGGAAGCAACAAGGUUAAUAAGAAGAAGAAGACGAAGAUAGAAGAUGAAGUUGAAGAAAUGUUGCAGGCAGCGCAAGAUCAGAUUCUGUUGAAUCUCUCCCAAGGUCACAUCGCCGCUGCUUCUUCUUCCACUCUAAAUCCGAAUCCGGGUACGACUACGGGUCUAGAUCUGGAUCUUGAUCUGGAGCGUCGAUUUCAAGCCCUGAAAAUGAAAACCAAACCUAACCCCAAACAACAGGAGCAACAAAACCAAGAUCUCUCCGCCAGAUUUGACGCUCUCAAAGCCAAGUCAUCCAAUUCCAAUUUCAACUUCAAUUCCGAUUCCAAUUACUGCAAAUACGAAGAAGAGAGCGAAGACGACGAAGAGACUCAAGUUCAGAAACUAAUCGAGUGGGCUAAGGAUGCUGCAAGGCUCGAUCCUUCUCCGCCCUCCGAUGACGACGAACUUCACUGAGUUAUAUAGAAUUCAUGUCAUUUCUAUUCUACUGUUACCCCCUUUAUACUCUAAAUCUUAGUUUCUUAUUUAAUGGGAGAAAUCUAGUUUGCGAUUCAGAAA